CUAGUUUGGCCUUCUUGCUAUAAACCCUUUUCCGUCCCUCUCUUCUAUUCCCUUCCCCAGUGCAUUGGAAUACUUGCCGCCUCCCUUAUCCGAGAUACACUGCUCUUGCCUAGCAUCGGGUCUUUUUCCAACGUCAAAGGAGUCUCAUAUCCUGAGCCAUCCCGAACGUCAUGUCUUUUGUCGACCUCCUCUUUCCCCAGAAAGAGCUGGAGGCUCUGGGAAACAAGUGGCAUGAACCAGCCCCCAAGAGGAGGAGGCUGGAUUCGGGAAGUGUUGGGAGUGCUCAGGUUAUAAGGGAGCCUUUGGGAGGUCAGCGUUGGCAAAGCAGUGGGCAGACCUUGGAGCAACGUCGUCAUCGCCUGUCAACACCAGCCUCGAUUCAAUAUGGGAGGCCGUCACCCUCACCCUCGUCCGAGCAUAUGAAUGGCCGUGGUACCAAGAGGUCCAACUCAGAAUCACAAUCACUUAGCUGCACCCCCGGCUUGGACAAACAGCCUACGAAGACCAGGUCCUGCUUACCGAGCUUCAUCGAGCCGUCCAUCAUGCGGAACUACCUUCAACAUCUCCAUCCCAAGGACCGCCAUCGCUACACUGUCUCCCACGAGCCAAGGCCAGAAUCGAGACCGAGAGACACAAACCUUCAGAUGUCGCCGCCUAGUCUCAGUGAGGAUGCUCUGUCUUCCCCGGGAUCUCUCGUUGCCGAUACAUCGUCGUCUCCCGCUUCCACCGACAGUUGCCCUACCCCUGCCGCUAUAUGCGAGCAGUUCCGCUCAGGGCCAUUUGGGCACCUCUUUAAUGGGAUGCGUCUCACAGACAACGAGCGAGAUCUAAUGGAAGAUCUCCUAAAUCCAGUCACCACUAUUCCAGCGGACGAGGCACACAGCCAAGCAGUGAAGGAAGUGGCUCCUAAGGUGGAACUGGCGCCCGAAGACUACUUGGAGAUUGACGAAGUACUACUGCAAAACAUGUUUCCUCCCUUCGGAAAGCACAUGGAUCAACCAUUUGACUUUGCCGUCAAAGAGCUGACCAAGGUUGAGGAAGAGUAUGAUGUGCACUCAUCGGGCCUGAGUCCUGCAGCUGAGGAGGCAGAAGAGACAGAGGAAGACAAGACCACAAGCCACAGGGGGAUCGUGGUGUACGACUACAAUGCUCUCAGCGUUGACGAUUUCUUCGAUCUGGAUGAAGCCUCCUCUAGUUAGAGAGCUUUGGUUGCCGAAAGAUUGGGAUUACCCGGGGUUUUGAUAUCGGGGGAUUGGCAUGGGAUUUCAGCUUUUAAUUCCCACAUGCUGGUUCAUAAUGUUUACAGAGCAAAAGAGCUCAAAAGUCACCGAAUACGUCUCUUUCGGCCUCAAUGAUACUAUAUGAUGAUUCACAGAAUGAA